CGAACAAACACAAGCUCGCGAGAGCAGGAUAGCGACUGACCUUGGAUUGCAAAUGGUUUAGGUCUUUGUGAUUCAGUCAGAGGCAAGGAGUGUGUGGCUGAGCUGUGGCUGGAGUUCGCUUUUCUCGAUUGUCUCUGUGCAGCAGGAUUGCGUCUCCAAUGCUGCCACUUGUGGCAGGGAAUUCGGCCCGGCGGAAGGGUUUCCUCAGCUAGGUCCCAGUCAGCUGUGAUCACUGGCGGAGCUGGCGCUUGAAAGAUCAUGGCAAGAAGCCGGCCUUGUGGUCGGACCAAGUCUGAUCAUUGGGUCUGCCAGGCUGCUCGCUUUGCGCGCGCUGCAGCGUAUAGGGAGCGCAUCUCAAUCAGCGCAGAAAGGCAAGAGAUUCUGAUUGCUGCUGUCAAUGCGCGGAGCGAUGACAUCCCUGCCCCUCGCCGCCGGCGGUGUCAAAGAUCGAAGGAAUCAAAGCAUGAGGGGCAGACUGCUCGAGAGGUUCCAGCACGCGGACGCUGCAGCGCUGCGGAUCGGAAAGCACAGCGGCAGGAUGCUCGAGCGCUCAGAGAAGCUGUGAAUUGCGCUGCGGAACGUGACCCACAUGCUACCUUUUGCAAUGAGAGCAAUUUGACAGCAGAAUGGGGGCUCCGGGGAAGCAAGAAUGGAGGCAACAUCCAUUACUACUGCGAGCUGCACGGCCCAAUAAAGGGUUGUUUCCAUAUUGACAGGGACCGAGCAGCAUGGGUUCAGGCUCGCGAGGAAAUGCUGCGGAAGGCGAACUCUGCCUGUCAUGAAUGCAAGCAGGAGAAAAAAGGGUUGGGAUUAUCUGCCCCUCCUUGGUCAUGGGCAGGGUCAGCAGCUUGGAACGAUUCUCAAAAAAAGGGGGUUCGGGCUUCCAUGCCCAUGAGCCAGUUGCUGAUAGCAACGCUUUUGAACAUUGGCGGUGUCGAACCAAACCCUGGCCCUUCUUCCGAGGAGCUUGCAUCGAGGGAGAGCUGGCUUGAGUACGAUUCAAGAAUCAAAAGCAAGCUGCUGGACCACUUGAUGCGAAAGGAGUUUGACUUGGCGGUCUGGAAAUCCACGCCUGAGAAGGACAGGAUUGAAUAUCUGACCCGAUGGAGAGCCGAGUAUCAAGGUCCAGGGGAGUGGGCAGAUGGCUGGGAUGCCUUUCUCAAAGCAGUUCCAACGGCUGCUGGUCCGAGCACCACAGGAACUGGCGCGAGCUUUAACACAUUUGUGCCCCUGGUGGGGGCUGAGAGCGAGGGGAUCAACCAACGACGGAAGGGGGGUUUCUUCACACCCCGUGUCGAAACGUGCCAUAAAAUUCUGCAUCGCGUUCAGGAGAAGGGCGUCUUAAUCUUAGCAGGAAGCCCUUGCUCGGGAAAAACGUCACUGUGUCAGCUUGUUUAUGAAGAGGCCGAGAGGAGCGCAGUCUAUGAGAGUGUCUACUACGUGAAUUGCGCGCGCGUCGGCAGUGGUGGUCAGACAUUUGAUGAGGUCUUCUAUGAUCAAGCUGGAGUUACUUUUGCAGAGGCGUCAAAGUCUCCAGCAAAUAGCCCGGACAAGCAGGCAGGUAGACCCUCUGCAAGCUCAAGCGCUACUCUGCCCCCUCUCAGAAAGAAGCUGCUGAUCUUUGAUGAGGUACAAAAUCUUUACUCUCCGGGGCCGGGACACGCGCUCCUCUGGCCGCUCGCCAAGGACAUUGGGGCGCGGUUCAAGCCUGGCGGGGCACGUCAAGGCAGAGUGAACAUCAUUCUGUCUGCAUCGCGAGGCUCGAACCCUUCUGCUACCGGACUGCCAAGUACUCCCAUCUCUUUCUCCGACGAUCAAAGGAUCCCUCUCCGGCUUCGGCUUGGCUUCGCAACCCCAGCAGAUAGCAACUCCCCGGAGCCAGCCGUUCAAUUUACUAUGGAAGAGUACGAGCAGGUCAUUGAGUCCUUUCUUCACAACAUCGGCUUUGCCGGUGACAAGGGCCAGCUUCGGACGCUUGGUGACGUCAUCGAGGCAACAACGGAGCGGCACCCGGGCAGUGUUCUUCACGUGCUGGACCUCCUCAAGGGCCAUUCACCGUCCAACUUUGCAGGGAGGGCCGCGGAAUGGGCCGCAAAGGCGGUGGACUUCGUAGCGUCCCCAAGAUUGCUCGAUUCUCUCUCUGGAACUCGGUCCUUCCCUCCCGUAAGCGAGCUGGUGAAGGACCGCGAGGCGCUCAACUUGAUCAGCCGCCUCUUAGCGUCUCGGGGUCAGGAAUCUUUGGAGGCGGUGCGGCGCAGCGCCCCGGGGCUGGCUGACAAGGCAGAGGAUUUCGCCAAGUCGGGGUACCUUCUCCUAGAAAAGGAUAGCGUGUCCUUCACGAGCGGAUUGCACAUGGAAUUCUACCGCUACAAUCUGGCCAGGAGGGUGUGGGGCACCCCCAAGCAGAUGCCGCAAUCCCUGGAGGCCUUUUUGGAGGAGGCCCUGUCUAAGAUGCAGCCGCCCAUGCUCCAGAACAGCCUGAAUCUCAGCACGAGGGGCGGUGUAGUAGGGGGUGUGCUCGAGUCGCACUUCCAAUUCGAGCUGUACUCGGCGGUGACGAGUUUGCUUCCGGAGGGUGCUUACUUCUCCCCAACAGUCGGCAAGAUCUACGGGUUGGAGGCGUAUGUGGAUUUCGUUCUGCAUGGGAUGGGGUGGAAAUGGGCAUUCGAGUUGCUCAUCGAUGGCAGGGACCUGAGGGAGCAUCUAAACAGGUUUCUACCAAAUGGGCGUUAUCAUCCUAUGGUCCUGGGCAAUCAGAUUGACGCGUGGGUUGUGGUGGACCUGCGUAACCACAAGACCGGGAAGCCAAGAAAGGCAAGGGGUCCAGGGGUAUGCCACGUUUUUUUCGAUUCCAAGUACGAAAAGGCUAUUGUAGAUUAUGGUAACAACCAAGAGCACCCAAUUUUUCUCAUGGGUCGAAGAUGACGACUCAUGUGUGGCAGGACUUCGAACGUUUGCGCCCCUUUACCUCAAGUGUUCAUCAAGAUUUGGCAAUGAAGAGGCAGAGCCGAUACGAGUCAGAUUUUGCGGGCUUUUGGGCUUCUUGCGCCAUUUAUGUGCCAGGUGGAGCAACCUUCGGUAGUGUGACAGGAAAAGUUCGUUUUCAAGCAACCCUAAGUGAUGAGUGUCGGUCGCCACUUUGGAGAAUCGCGGGCAAGUCGGAUCGCAAGC